AUGAGCUCCCCGGGCUUAGCUGCGGCCCCUCCAGCCAAGACCGUGGUGGUGUAUCGCAACGGUGACCUCUUCUUCCCCGGGAGGAGGUUUGUGGUCAGCCAGAAGCACUUCCGGACCUUUGAGGGGUUCCUGAACGAGGUGACCAAGAGCAUCCAGGCUCCCCUGGCCGUGAGGAGCCUCUACACUCCGCGGCGGGGCCGCCGUGUGGCUGAGCUGGAGCAGCUGCAGGACGGCUGUCGCUAUGUGGCUGCCGGCUUCGAGAGGUUCCAGAAGCUGGACUAUCUAAGCCAUGGAAGGAAGGAGCAACGUGGGAGGAGGAAGAGAGGAGGUCUGCAGCUCUGUGCUGCAGCUCCCUGGAAGGGGAACACCUGGCUGGGAUGGCAGCAGGAUGCCCACUUGCCCUGCACCAUACAUGUCUUCCGGAACGGGGAUCUGCUGAGCCCUCCUUUCCCCCUGCCUGUCUCCAAGAGCAGCCCUCUGCAGUGGGACACCCUCCUGGCCACCCUGACAGAGAAAACCAGCCUGCAGUGUGGGGCUGUUCACAGGCUCUGCAGGCUGGAUGGAACCCAGGUGUGCAGUGGGGAGGAGCUGGUCAGUGGCCAUUACUAUGUGGCAGUGGGGAAUGAGGAGUACAAAGAGCUGCCCUACUGUGAGCUGCUGGUGCCCCAGGGCUCCAUGUGCAGGACCUUGUGGAACCAGCCAAAUGGCAGGCACAAGAAGCACCACAGGACGAAGACAGUGCCUAUAAACCCAGAGACCCAGGGGAGGAGAGGCAAGGUGGCCAGCAAGUAA